AUGCAUAUAUAAAUGCAUCUCAUAUUAGUUCAUUCUCUCAGUGAAAGUUCAAUUAAAAAUUUUUUUAUAAUACAAAUAUAAUAAAUAUAAAUUCUUUUCUUUUUUUAACAUAUUAAUUAUUAUUUUUAUAUAAUUAGUGCAAAAUAUGUUUUUUAUAAUUGUAUAUAUUUAUUGAAAUUAUAUAUUUAUAUAUUAUAUAUUAUAUAUUCAUGUUUUCAAAUUUAAAAUUUAAUUUUUAUAAAUUUAUAUAUAUUUUCAAAUAAAAUUAGAAUUUUCAAAUAUUUUUAUAUCUAGAAUGAUAUAUAGAUAAAAAAUUUUAAAAUAAAUUUAAAAACUUUUAAAAUAUCUCACGUGAUAUAUUUCACCGAAAAAGCAUCUCAAAAUCCAUAUAACAACGUAAGAGUGCUUUAAGUAUCGUGCCAACAAUUCUAUGUAUUUUUAGUGUAUUUCACGGCACUGCUGUCUUUGUUAUAUCGUUGUGGAGAGAGGACGGAUAUUGUCUAAAAUACGCUUAUAUAUUUGAACUUUUUAUUUUUUUAUUUUUUAUUUAUUUAUUUAUUUAUUUAUUUAUUUAUUUAUUUAUUUAUUAAUUUCGGUUUAUUCACAUAGAAUCAAUAGUGUGGUUAUAAUUUCAUUUCAUCAAUAAUAGUGACAGUUUUUAUCAUAUAUAAAAAAUAAUAAAAAACACAGCAUUGACUUACUUAAUUUUUUACAUGUGUAAAACUUUAAUAACAUACUAUUUAUUUACUUAUUCGCGUUGUUUGUACGUAUAAAAUACACAGACAACAUUCAACAAGUGGUCGUUUGAUAUGUGUAUCAUCCCCACCAUUAAUUGAUCGUCUACAUAGCUCAGUCAUUCGCGAUAGACAGUGAAGAGAAGCAUUACCGCAGUAAAAGUACUACAUAAUAACAUAUAUGUUUAUAUGUAAUGAUUCUAUAUGAAUCCAUAUAAAAAUAAUAGAUGAAUAUAAGUGUGAUUAUAUAUAUAAAUAUUAAGUUAAAAAAAUGGCUAUGGAUCGAACAAUGUAUGGAAAAAUAGAACCAAGUGCUAUCUAUCAACCCUAUAAAAUCACCAUCAAAAAAGGUUCACCACCAGGAUAUGCAUUGCUGGCAGAUCUUCAGAAUACAGUAUCAUCGGAAGGAAAUCAUGUCGGUAGUAAUGCGACUCCUGGUUACGGAUCACUGAACGGCGCACGGACUACCGGCUAUAGAUCCUACGAUAAUCGAACUUCUCCUCUUCCGCCGCAAUCGCCAACUUAUCAAAAUCGCGAAGCUAUCGAGGAAAGCAUCGCGAAAAGUAGCGGAGGAGGAAAAAUGCCUUCUUUAAACAACAAUCUGUCGGAAUUGGACACGUUGCUCCAAGAUUUAAGCAACGCCCAUUAUAAUGCUCAUUAUCAGGAAAGAGAAAAUCGUAUUUCCUCGAGUGGAAUGAAUGGAGACUCUAGUCCAAUGCUUCGUUCUCCAAGUAGCAUGUCAGCCUCGAGACCUACCGUCGAUUCAUUGCUCGAGGAGUUGAGUACCGCGGUACCAAACGGAGAUUAUCCUUCCGAUGGAAGAGUGAAAGUUACCAUACAGGAAACGUCGACGGAGAUCCAGCCCGUCUAUGACGGUUAUCCUUCUAGACAACACGGAUCGUUAAAUCGUAGCGAAGUCCAGAGAAGUUAUAGUAAUGGUCACACUGCCAGUAACGCUACCAAGGAACUAGAUGAUUUAAUGGCCUCUCUAUCCGAAUUUAAGAUCAAUAGUAGUUCCCAUCAACAUCAAACAGUGACUGAUUCUCCAUACGCUAAACCGAACAAAGCGACCAAAAGUUCGCAAAGCCCGUUGCCAUCCGAGGGCACGCAAACUAGAAUUCAUAUCACCGAAACUCACACCACUCAUCACUACCAACAGCAACACGGAGAACCUUAUCCACCACAGCCAGCGACUCAGACCAAACAGAAUCAAUUGGAUUCUAUGCUAGGAAAUCUUCAAGCCGAUAUGAGUCGUCAAGGAGUGAAUACUACGCAAAAAGGAUGCUGCAGCGCUUGCGAAAAACCUAUCGUGGGACAAGUGAUCACUGCUCUAGGAAAAACUUGGCAUCCAGAACAUUUCACAUGCACGCACUGCAAUCAGGAACUGGGCACGCGAAAUUUCUUCGAAAGAGAAGGACACCCGUAUUGCGAGCCUGAUUAUCACAAUCUUUUUUCUCCACGUUGCGCCUACUGUAAUGGCCCCAUUCUAGACAAAUGUGUAACCGCUUUGGAAAAAACUUGGCAUACGGAACACUUCUUUUGCGCUCAGUGUGGCAAACAAUUUGGAGAAGAGGGAUUUCACGAGCGGGACGGAAAGCCCUACUGCCGAGAGGAUUACUUCGAUAUGUUCGCUCCAAAAUGCGGUGGAUGCAAUCGUGCCAUUAUGGAGAAUUAUAUAUCGGCCUUAAACAGUCAAUGGCAUCCAGACUGUUUCGUUUGCAGGGAUUGUAGACAAAAAUUCCAAGGUGGCUCAUUUUUUGAUCACGAAGGUUUACCUUAUUGCGAAACUCAUUAUCAUGCUAAAAGAGGAUCCCUUUGUGCAGGAUGUCAUAAACCAAUUACAGGUCGUUGUAUAACCGCUAUGUUCCGGAAAUUUCAUCCCGAACAUUUCGUAUGCGCGUUUUGUUUAAAACAAUUGAACAAAGGUACUUUUAAAGAACAAAAUGAUAAACCAUACUGUCAUGGAUGUUUCGAUAAGUUGUUCGGUUAAAAUUAUUAUAAAGUAUUCAUAUUUGUAACAUAAAAACGAACAAGCUAUUCUGCUUGGCAUUACAUAUUUAUAGACUGCUCAUGUAUGUCUAUACCGCAUAGAAUAUGUAAUCGCUUUAAUCGUUAUGCAGAAAUACGUAUUUCACGAUUUAAACUUCUCGUUGUAACCCAAGGCAGCCUUUGAAAAUUUUUAUAAAUCUCAAUAUGCAAAUGGUGCAACAAUUUAAUUAUAUGUCAUGUAUUGUUAUAUAUUCUUAUCAUAAGAAUAAGAUAAUAGCUGUAGUCCUUUGUAUCUUCCAUCGUCCGAAGUAUGGAGCAUGUUACUAAUAUUUUUAUGUAUAUUUUAUAUUACGUAUUUCGUAUUGACUGUACAAUCAAAGAAUUAUUAAAGGGUGCUAAUUAUUAGCUUAUUUUUACUAAUAACAUAUUCGUUGACAUAUUCAAGAAAAAAAAAUUAUUCGAAAGAAAAAUAUUUAUGUGAAAUUGCUAAACAUUCGCUGUUUUUGAUAGGUUUGAUAUACCAGUUUGAAAAAUAUUUAUAUUUAUAUCUGAAAUACAUAGUUAAGACAUUAGUAUUUGUCGAAUUUCUAUUGAAUAUUCGCAAAAAAUAUAUCUAACGAAUUAAUCAAAAACAAAAUACUUGAUAAAUACAUAAUGUAAAACAGUAAAAAUAUAAGUUAAAAAAUUAA